AUGAAGAAAGAAGCAGAGAAAGAACUUAAGUAUGACGACUAUGAUGACGACGACCAUGAUGAUGACGACUAUGAUGACGGCGAUCAUGAUGACGACGACCAUGAUGACGACGACCAUGAUGAUAACCAUAAUGACGACCAUGAUGAUAUUGACCAUGAUGACGACGACCUCGAUGACGACGACCAUGAUGACGACGACCACGAUGAUGACGACGACCACGAUGAUGACGACGACCAUGAUGACGACGACCACGAUGAUGACGACGACCUCGAUGACGACGACCACGAUGACGACGACCAUGAUGACGACGACCACGAUGACGACGACCAUGAUGACGACGACCACGAUGAUGACGACGACCAUGAUGACGACGACCAUGAUGACGACCACGAUGAUGACGACGACCAUGAUGACGACGACCACGAUGAUGACGACGACCACGAUGAUGACGACGACCAUGAUGAUGACGACGACCACGAUGAUGACGACGACCACGAUGAUGACGACGACCAUGAUGACGACGACCACGAUGAUGACGACGACCACGAUGAUGACGACGACCACGAUGAUGACGACGACCAUGAUGACGACGACCAUGAUGAUGACGACGACCACGAUGAUGACGACGACCACGAUGAUGACGACGACCAUGAUGACGACGACCACGAUGAUGACGACGACCACGAUGACGACGACCACGAUGAUGACGACGACCACGAUGAUGACGACGACCAUGAUGAUGACGACGACCACGAUGAUGACGACGACCACGAUGAUGACGACGACCACGAUGAUGAACAAUAA